UUAUCCCCAACCCACAGCCACAUCGGCCGAGGCGGACGCCGGCGAGCUGCGCGGCGCCUUCUCUUCCGGCUGCCUCCGCAACCAUGUCCUCCGUCCGCUUCUUCCCGGCCACCUCGCAGACUCCGGCCGCUGCCUGCCUCCUCAAACCCUCCCCGAAACCUCCCCUCCACAACCCCAUCUCGGCCACCGCCGCCUUCCCCCGCAGCAAUGCCCGAAGCGUCCCGCACCUCCGCCUCAGAAGGCGAGUCCGCUCCGCGCCGAGAACACCGACCGAAGCGCCGCCCGUGGGACCCGACGGUGGCGGCGGCGGAGGAGGGGACGGCGGUGGGGGUGGAGGGGACGGCGACGGGGAGGGGGAGGAUAAGGGACUGCUGCCGGAGUGGCUUAACGUGACGACGGAAGACGCGAAGACGGUCAUCGCGGCCAUUGCCAUCUCCCUUGCCUUCCGCUCCUUCGUCGCCGAGCCACGGUUCAUCCCCUCGCUCUCCAUGUUCCCUACCUACGACGUCGGCGACCGCAUCGUCGCCGAGAAGGUUACAUACUACUUCAGGAAACCUUGUGUAAAUGAUAUCGUAAUCUUCAAAAGCCCGCCCGUGCUACAGGAGGUCGGGUAUACUGAUAAUGACGUUUUCAUCAAAAGAGUAGUUGCCAGGGCGGGAGAUAUUGUUGAGGUCCAUAAAGGAAAACUAGUUGUGAAUGGUGAGGCUCGAAAUGAAGAGUUCAUCCUUGAGCCACCUUCUUAUGACAUGAAUCCAGUGCAAGUACCUGAAAAUGCAGUUUUUGUGAUGGGAGAUAACCGAAAUAAUAGUUAUGAUUCCCAUGUGUGGGGCCCUCUUCCCGCAAAGAACAUAUUGGGAAGAUCUAUCUUUCGGUACUGGCCUCCUGGCCGAAUAGGGAGUACUACCAUUGAUUGCGGUGGCCCCGAAACAAAACCAGAUUCACUCAUUGAUGUCAAGUUGACAAAGUAGAAGUUUCAAUCAAUUAACGCCGGUGCGAAGUUCAAACUUCACACCAACACCAGUUUUAGAUAGUAACUAUUUCUAUUCCCUGGAAAUUGAUAGAGGAAUGCGUUUGCCAGCGGGUCUUCUAGAAAUCAGAAAGGAGGGGAACAGAGCUGUUCCUCAUGGGAUUAGUAAGGAUGGUCGCUAGCACAGAAACCAUUUUGCUCCAAGGUUUCUGCUUGCUUUUGCCCCUUGUAUGUAUGUAUGUAUGUAUAUUAAGGAAAACUGUUGUUUAUACUCUGGAUCAUAAUUGGAAGGUUCUUAAUUUUGAUCCUAUUAAUGCAGAAGAAAAAUGUUUAGACUC